ACUUCCAAUCAGUCCACAUUUGUUCACAUGUGAACUUAUUUUAAUAAGCUUCGAUCUUCUAGCUACUUCUUUAGAUAUUUUGUAGUCACGAAAUGUUAUUCAUUGUUUUAUACACGAUCGGAUCCAUAAUUGGUUAGAAAUAUGAGAUACUACAGGAAUUAUAACUGAUAUCGAAAGUUCGGACUAAAGGAGGCAUUCAAAGUUGCAUCACAUUUAUAUUACAACAAAGGACAUUUCAAUGACUAAAGACAAGAAGUUGAUCCUGCAUGCCGUGCACUGCAUCAACGUCCUGUCCAAAAUAUUGCACUGUAUUUUUUCUUACUUUGCCAAACACUUCAUUUAUACAAUAAACUUAUAAGGACUAAUGGCUGCCUACAUCAAUCGUACAAUGUCCAUGAUUGGAGGAGACAGCCACUUAAGAUCAACAGAUAUAAGAACUGAUAAUUCUCCCCUUCAGAUCUUUGUGAAAGCCAAGAAAAAGAUCAAUGAUAUAUUUGUGGAAAUAGAAGACUAUGUGCAGGAUACUGUGACAUUUAUAAAGACACUGAAAACAGAGCACAAUAUUGUUACGGGUGAAGAAGCGCAAACAAUUGAAAGUUAUGUUAACAAAGUACACGCAAUUCGAGAUGUUCUUAUGAGGGAUCAUAUGAAAGUGGCUUUUUUUGGAAGGACUAGCAAUGGAAAAAGUACAGUUAUUAAUGCAAUGUUACGUGACAAGAUUUUACCCAGUGGAAUAGGACACACAACAAACUGUUUCUUACAAGUGGAGGGUUCAGAUAAUGGUGAAGCAUAUCUUAUUACGGAAGGAUCUACAGAAAAGCAACCUGUCCAAUCAGUUGGUCAGUUAGGUCAUGCUCUCUGUAAAGAAAAACUAUGCGAGAGUCAUUUAGUGAGAAUAUUUUGGCCAAAGGAAAAAUGUUUACUGCUAAGAGAUGAUGUAGUAUUUGUUGACAGUCCUGGAGUAGAUGUAACACCUAAUCUAGAUGAAUGGAUCGAUAAACACUGCUUGGAUGCAGAUGUUUUCGUUCUAGUAGCUAAUGCAGAAUCUACCUUAAUGGUCACUGAAAAAAACUUUUUCCACAAAGUGUCUACAAAAUUAUCUAAACCUAAUAUUUUUAUUCUUAAUAAUCGAUGGGAUGCAUCUGCUUCUGAACCAGAAUUCUUUGAACAGCUGGUCAAAGAGCAAAAGGAGGUAAGGGCGCAACAUCAAGAACGGGCCGUAGAUUUCUUGUCAAGGGAAUUAAAAGUAUAUACCCCUAAAGAUGCAGAAGAACGAGUGUUCUUUAUUUCAGCAAAAGAAACUCUACAAGCUCGUAUACAAGAACAACGUGGACAACCUGCUCAUAAUGGUGCAUUAGCAGAAGGAUUCCAAAAUCGCUACUUCGAAUUUCAAGAUUUCGAACGAAAAUUUGAAGAAUGUAUUUCCAAGUCUGCUGUGAAAACGAAAUUCGAACAGCAUUCUCAACGUGGAAAACAUAUUGCUACAGAAAUUCGACAAACGUUAGAUGAAAUAUUAGAUAGAACGCAAAAGAUGAAGAACGAACAAUUACACGUUAAGAAAGAAGUACAUGACAAAUUAAAUUUCACCGAACAGCAGUUAAUGUUACUGACCCAAGAAAUGAAGGACAAAAUUCAUCACAUGGUAGAAGAUGUGGAACAAAGAGUAUCGAAAGCUCUAAGUGAAGAAAUUCGUAGAUUAGCUGUACUCGUUGACGAAUUUAGUGUUCCUUUCCAUACUGAUCCAUUAGUUUUAAAUGUAUAUAAACGAGAACUCCACACUCACGUGGAAAACGGUUUAGGUUCUAAUUUAAGAGCGAGACUUAGUACUGCGCUUGCUUUGAACAUAGAAAAUUCACAAAGAGAAAUGACAGAACGAAUGGCAAACUUACUGCCAGAAAAUAAGAGGCAAAUGUCAUUAAACAUUUUACCAAGAAGGGAGCCAUUCGAAAUUUUGUACAGAUUAAAUUGUGACAAUUUGUGUGCUGAUUUUCAUGAAGAUUUAGAGUUCCGCUUCUCUUGGGGAAUUACAGCCAUAAUUAAUAGAUUUGCAGGAAAGCAAGGGAAGAAACUAGCUAUUGCUAACUACCCGCAGGAUAUACCACCUCCUAUUAUGAGUCCUGCAGAAAGUAUCGAUUCUUUAAAGUUGAUGUCAAGUGCUCCUUCAAAUUUCCCACAGAGGUCAGAAGAUUGGUCACUGGCUACCAAAAUCGCGGUAGCAUCUAUCACGUCGCAGGGUACUAUGGGAGGACUCAUUGUUGCUGGUUUUAUGUUGAAAACGAUUGGUUGGAGGCUUAUAGCUGUAACUGGUGCUAUAUACGGUGCUUUAUAUCUUUAUGAACGGUUAACAUGGACUAAUAAGGCAAAGGAGCGUGAAUUUAAGCGUCAAUAUGUAUCUCACGCUACAAAGAAAUUGAAAUUAAUUGUGGAUCUCACAUCAGCAAAUUGUAGCCAUCAAGUGCAACAAGAGCUGUCUAGCACAUUUGCACGUCUGUGCCAUUUAAUAGACGAGACAACAACUGAAAUGGUCUCUGAGUUGAAAAAUAUCGCGAGUACAAUUCGAAUACUUGAAGAAGCAACCAGUAGCGCUAAGGUUUUACGAAAUAAGGCUAAUUAUUUAACUAAUGAACUCGAUUUGUUUGAUGCGGCAUAUUUAAAGUCAUUGAAUUAAGCAUAGAAUGACAUUAUUUGUAGGGAAAUAAUGCAGGUUAUUAAAAAUCGAUGUUAAGGACAUCGUUUCGUGUUUCGGAAAAUGUAUCUAUGCAUGCCAAAGUGAUUAAAAUAACAUAACGCUGCGAACAAAUUAAUAAUGAAAUGUUAAUUGCAUGUCUAGGUGUGUUUUCCCAAACAACCAGUUGUGCGUACAAAGGGAAUGUUUUUACAAAAAAACCUUAUCUAGUCUUAAAUAUGCAGGCAACCUUAUCUCCUAACUUUAUUAAUCUAAAUUUUUAAUGAAUUUGUUAUAGUUUGAAUAGGAAAUUUCUUUUGUAUCAAAAUCGGCAAGAAAAUCUUUCAUUCAUGAACUAUCAAUGAAUUUUUGAAUGUAUUUUGUUUUUAAUAAUCUAUUUUGAAGUGAAUCAUGCUAAAAGAUUUUUUUGCUAAUAUAAAGCGAGUGUUUUAAUAUAAAUGUUAUAAUGUAAUAUUGCAGAGAUACAUGA